GCCCCGCGGCCGCAGGCGCUGACGUGGCCGCCGUCAGAGCCGCCAUCUUGUGGGAGCGAAACCAACGCCUGGCUCGGACUAGUAGCCGCCGAGGUUUCUCUGGCUAGUGUCACUUCCACCCAUCCACGAGAAUGGGGAAUAUCUUUGCGAACCUCUUCAAAGGCCUUUUCGGCAAAAAAGAAAUGCGCAUCCUCAUGGUGGGUCUGGAUGCUGCAGGGAAGACGACGAUUCUGUACAAACUGAAGCUCGGUGAAAUUGUGACUACCAUUCCUACCAUAGGUUUCAACGUGGAGACCGUAGAGUACAAGAACAUCAGUUUCACUGUCUGGGAUGUGGGCGGCCAGGACAAGAUCCGGCCACUGUGGCGCCACUACUUCCAGAAUACACAAGGUUUGAUCUUCGUGGUGGACAGCAAUGACCGGGAGCGUGUGAAUGAGGCCCGCGAGGAGCUCAUGAGGAUGCUGGCCGAGGACGAGCUCCGGGACGCAGUGCUUCUUGUGUUUGCCAACAAGCAGGACCUUCCCAAUGCCAUGAACGCAGCCGAAAUCACAGACAAGCUGGGGCUGCACUCUCUGCGCCACAGGAACUGGUACAUUCAGGCCACCUGUGCCACCAGUGGGGACGGGCUCUAUGAAGGACUGGACUGGCUGUCCAAUCAGCUCCGGAACCAGAAGUGAACGUGAACACUCCCCUCCCCCUCUUCCUUCUCUCCGCCCUCUGCUUUACUAUCAUGUGGCAAAUGUGCGACUCUGUGGUAUUGAGUGCCAGAAGCUGUCUCCAUGGUUUUGGUCACAGUGUGCAUCGCACCAUGCUGUAAAUGUGGCAGACGCAGCCUGCAGCCAGGUUUUUUAUUUAAUGUAAAUAGUUUUUGUUUCCAAUGAGGCAGCUUCUGGUACUCCUAUGCAAUAUUACUCAGCUUUUUUUAUUGUAAAAAGAAAAAUCAACUUACUGUUCAGUACUGAGAAGGGAUGUAGGCACAUGGGCACCUGGCCCCCAGGUGCUGUUGUGUUAGAUGAGCUGGAUGCUCCUCCUGGCUUAUAUCUGUGUUGAGAUCCAUUUUGGUGGUUGGUUUUUAACCCAAACUCAGUGCAUUUUUUACAAUAGUUAAAAAUACAAGAUAAGGAGAACACUUGAACACACAGAAGGGAGACUAUGCCUAGUGUAGGUUUUGCAGUAAUGGUCUGAAUACUAGUCCAUCGGCUCGACUGUUCCCCUUUGGGAACGUGAGGCAAUGACAAAACCAACGGAAUCCAUCCUGCAUGGUCACAGUAGAGGCCCCGUGACUUGCUCGUCUUUGGGUCACCCUGCAUUCCAUAACCUUGUGCUUGUAUCUGUGCUCACACGGUCACUAAGGGGAUGGACUGGGAGGCCACAGGGGGCCAGCCUUCCCCUGGGUCAGCGUGUGGCCGCAGCUGAGCCCCUGCCAUUCCCAGCGCUCACACGCUCAGACACAUUGGCGGACUGUCUGGCAUCUCACCAGCAGGAGUGUGUGCGCGCUGGGAGAGUCGAUCCAUUCUAGUGUCGCCGCCCUCGGGAUCACCCCCAUCUCCGUGUGUGAAGUAGCUUUCUCUCCCUCAGCCUGCAAGGGUCCGAUUUGCCAUCGAAACGACGACCUCUACUUUUUUCUUUUGUAUUUUGAUAAACACUGAAGAAGCUGGAGCUGUUAAAUUUAUCUUGGGGAAAACCUCAAAACUGGUUUAUUUGGUGUUGUGGAACCUCUUACUGCUUUCAAUACACGAUUAGUAAUCAACUGUUUUGUAUACUUGUUUUCAGUUUUCAUUUCGACAAACAAGCACUGUAAUUAUGGCUAUUAGAAUAAAAUCUCUUCAGUAUU